AUGGAUGGACCGAAUGCAUCGAGUCGAACUGCGCGUUCGACUCCUCUUCGUGCUGGUCUUCAGGAAGCAAACACUCACGAGCAACAAAUUCUUCAUUCUCAACGACCGUUGAAUCAACAUCGGGAACCCGGUGCGAAGUGGACAGGAGUCAGUGGUGGAGGCCGAUUGUGGUCGCCAACAUCGAUGGCUCGGGCCAAUCCAGGAGCACUACAGGGAUUCAGUCGACGGCAGUCGAGCAGUAAUCGUGGAUCAGCGGUUGGGACACCACUAGUUGAAGUGGAAGCAGUGGACACAUACCACGUUAUUGGUCCGAUUUCGUGCUCGACAAGUGUCUCAUCAUCAAACGGCCUUCCUUGGAAUGCAACUAAAUCGGCGCUCCCUGGACCAUCAAGUAGAGAACCCGCCUGUGCAUUGAAUUCCUCAAGAAAGACGAAAGCAACGGCAAAAGUUUUAGAUUCUACCACACCAGCAAAAAAAGAGGUUGUCGAGAGAGAUCCUAACCCUCCACCUAGAGAAGACACCAUUCUUGACGGGAAACUGUUAAGCCAUUAUUUGCGGCCAGUGUGGGACCAGAUCAAUUGGACUAAGGAGGCUGUUCCUUUUCGUAUGCCUGUUGAUCCUAAUUUACCAAGCUUUCGCAAUUAUAAUCGUAUAAUAAGGCACCCGAUGGAUCUUUUGACUAUAUCUCUGAAGUUGGAUAAUGGGUUGUAUAAAAAUCCUUGGGAGCUCUGUGAUGAUAUGUGGCUGAUGUUUGAUAACGCUUGGAUUUACAACGCAAAGAAGAGCAAGGUGUAUGAAGACUGUACAAAGACUAUCAAUGGUAAAUCGUCUCAGUUUAUAAAGCGACCAGUGGAGUUUUCAUAUUCCAGUUCUCCCAUAGUUGAGCGAAGAGUUUGUGAGAGAAAUGGAUCCGGUUAUUCAACACUUGGGCUACUGCUGUUCACGAAAGUUAUCGUUUACCCCACUGCUAUUGUUCUGUACGAACACACUUCUCAGGAUGAUGAAACAGGGUCGAAGCGCUACACAUACUGUCUGGAAUGUUUCGAGAAUUUGCCACCUGACGGCAUUUUACUUUUUGAGAGCCCAAACGACCAGCCAAAUAUGGCACCGAAGGACAAAUUCGUGCAAAUGAAAAAUAAUGCCGUAAAGGGUUUCCUUAAGAAUAAGUUGCCAAAUAAUUUCGAUCAACAUGUGGUGAUAAUUCGAACGUUAAGUAUUAAGGAAAAGGAAGUCAAAGUUAAGCCGUUGAUGAAAGCGAGGUAUGGCCCCCAGGGAUUUCCGGACCACUUCUCAUGCAGAAGGAAGGCCAUUUUUGCUUUUGAGACUAUAGACAAUGUCGAAGUGUGUUUCUUCGGUCUCUAUGUUCAAGAAUACGGAACCAACUGUAAGCAGCCAAAUUCAAGGCGAGUAUACAUAUCUUAUUUGGAUUCCGUGAAUUUUUUCCAGCCAAGAGAAUUAAGAUCGGAGCGGUACCAAGAGAUCUUGCUGGGAUAUCUCGACUACAUUAAACAGCUUGGAUACAAGAUGGCUCAUAUUUGGGCAUGUCCACCGUCUGACGGUGUUGAUUACAUCUUUAACUGCCACCCACCUGAGCAAAAGAUGCCGAAGCCGAAGAGGUUGCGGGAGUGGUACAAAAAAAUGUUAGAAAAGGGUGUGGCUGAAAAAACGAUCGUCGAGUUCAAGGACAUUUACAAGCAAGCUUGUGAUGGUAAUUUUACCACACCAAUGAGCUUACCCUAUUUUGAGGGCGAUUUCUGGCCACAUGUAAUUGAAGAUUGUAUACGUGAGGUUAGUGAUGAGAACGCUCGGCGUCGUGAAGAAGUUUCGGAGGCAGAUGAGGGUGACACAUUUCAGUCGGUUGAAAGUAGAAGGAAAAAGCGGCCAAGUAACAAGACCAACGCACUUGAGAAGAAUUCGAAGACGAAUGAAAAGAACGAUGGAAGUUCUUUUGAUAGGGAGGUGGCCGCUAAACUCUGUUCGGAGCUUGAAAAACAUAAAGAGGCGUUCUUCACGAUUCGGCUGGUGACACAUCAGUCCGCUCUUUUACUGCCCGAUAUUGUUGACCCGGAUCCACCUGUGGCAUCAGAUAUGAUGGACGACCGCAACACGUUCUUGGAAAGAGCACGUGUUGAACAUUGGGAGUUUAGCUCAUUGAGGAGAGCAAAAUUCUCAACUAUGGCGUUAUGUCGUGUGCUGCACGAGUCGGACGCAUAUAGGAAUAUGGGUUAUGCACGUAACAAAUGCAGUAGUUCUACUGCCAAAUGGCAUUGUACAACGUGUGAUGAUUUUGAUUUGUGUGACAUGUGUCGUGAGCGAGUCCUACAUGAGCAUCCAAUGAAUGGAAGUAAGACGUUUAUUGGUGCUGACAGCGGAGAUCCUGAUGGGACCAAGCAUUCUGAGAAGUUCUGGUCUGUCUUUUUUGCUCGCAUGCCAGUGCAGAGACACGCACUGCUGUCUUUUACCUUUCCACAUAUAUAA